GGUGAUAGACUUUGUCCUUUUGCAGGCCAGCUGCUGAAGUUGUUCAUUUGCUGAGACCGUGAGCAAUGGUGACCAAGGCCGACGAUGUCUUCUCUCUGACGAAGGAGGAAGAGCUGGGUGGAAUGACCGGCAGGAUUUACAUCCCCAAGAUCAUCUCGCAAGGCCCAGCGAAGGAGUGGAUCGAGCGGAGGAGACUGACCAUCAGGCCCUGGGCUAACUUUGUGGACCAGAAGCGCUUCACGCGCCCCAAGAACUUGGCGGAGAUGUGCACCAGGCUGGUGAAGAACGUCGAGCAUUUCCAGAGUAACUACGUGUUCGUGUUCCUGGGGCUCAUCAUCUACUGCGUAGUCACAUCACCCAUGCUGCUGGUCGCCCUGGCCGUGUUCUUUGGAGCCUGUUACAUCGUGCACCUCCGCGCCUCCCAAUCGCGGCUCGUCUUGUUCGGCCGUGAACUCAGCCCUGCUCAUCAGUACGCAGUGUCCGGAGCCAUUGCCUUCCCCUUCUUCUGGCUGGCUGGAGCCGGCUCGGUGGUCUUCUGGGUUCUGGGAGCCACGCUGGUGACCAUCGGAGGCCACGCCGGCUUCCACGAGCUGGAGUUGGUGGACGGGGACGAGCUGCAGAUGGAGGCGGUGUGAGGGGAGUUGUGGAGCGGGGCGGAGCAGCGGGGCGGACUGCGGGGCGGAGCGGCGGAGGGAGUGGGGCGGAG